AUGAAGGUGUUCUCAUCCAUCGAAGCCAAGCUCAUGUUCGCGCCUUCCCUGGAAAUGCAUGAUACUCACCCUCAACUUUCGCUCUUCAACAACCAGAAAAACCCUUCUUCAUUGAAACAAGCUUUAAACAGUGUGAUCUCCCGUAUUCUUAAAGGCUCAGGCAACACCUCUUAG